GAUUUGUCUUCCGUCAGCGUUGGUUAUUGAUCCCAGUUUAAUGUACACACUGGCUGUAGUGCCUUGUCCUCGUUUCAAUAUGGCAAUCCGUCCUACCCCUCUGUGGACUUCCCCCGGAUGGGACUACUCUCCACGAUACCGAGCGAUGCUUCGGACAAACUUAUCGAGGCUGUAAAUGCGGCUUCUGCCAGCAGUGAUCUACAUGGAACAGCCGAAUCAGCUCUCACUGGCCUUCUCAUCGCGGCUUCAACCAAUUCGCUUGGAGUGCCACAGGUUGCAGCAAACACAAAUUUCGACGCCUUCAAAUGGUGAUGUGUUUUCGUCGAAUCGAAGACAAGGACUGCUAGGUGUUCGCUGUUGGUUUAGUCUUGUUGCGAUCCUAGAUCAUGAAAGGUGGUUGAAACCCGCAGCUGUGACUCAUAACCUUUCAGCAUAUUCACUGAUAUAUAUGUUCUGAUUCAUGAUAAUGAAAAACACAAGUUGUAUUAUUCGUAUCUUAUAUGCAGCUGA